AUGUAUCGGAAGUUGUCUAAGUUAGAACACUCGGAAAUAAAACAACUUCUUACAGAAGCUAACAUAGAAGUAGCAACACAUUACGCAACAAACAAAAAAGCACUCGCCGACUUCAUUAAAGACUAUAAUGGUGCAAUAAGUUAUGAUAGAAUUCAUGAGUUCAUAAAGCCGCAACGCGGCGAGGACGAAGUUCAUGCAAUAGCAUUUCCUUUAAAUGACAUUGCUAUUGACUUAUAUCAUAGACGUUCAGUACCUCAUGAAGUAAGAAGAGAAAUGUUUGACAUAACAAAUGCAAACGUUGGUGAAACAAGAAGAAGAGACGACACACUGAAACAACAGAGAAGAGAGAUGUUUAAAAGUGCUAUAGAACAAGUUCGUAAAGCUAACGAUGUCAUUCGUUCCAUUGACGACAAACCAAAAGAAGGUGAGAGAUGGUUAAAGAAAGAUGAAGAGAAUAGGAAGAGAAAUGUGAAGUCAGGCAAUAGACUCAUUGACUUUAACAUCGAAGCUUUAGAUGAACCAAACAGAGACUACUUACACAAACAUUUCGGUAAGGUUUUCAUGAGACUCUUAGAGAAGAUUAAAAUAAACUCACAACAGAGAUGGAUGGUAUGUUAUAAACUUGGUGGAAAGUAUGAAUGUUCUAC